AUGCUUUCUCAAACCUUUAGAACCGCUGCCCGUGUCAACUUCAAGUCCUUGCCAACCAUUGGUGCCGUCAGAACCAAGGUGUCCCUUCCAGACUUGGACUGGGACUUCGGCGCUUUGGAACCUCACAUCUCGGGCCAAAUUAACGAAUUGCACUACACCAAGCACCACCAGACUUACGUCACCGGAUACAACACCGCCAUUGAGCAACAAGCCGAGGCCAAGGCCAAGGGUGAGGUCAAGAAGACCAUUGAAUUGCAAAAGAACAUCAACUUCCACGGUGGUGGCUACACCAACCACUGUUUGUUCUGGAAGAACUUGGCUCCCACCAGCCAAGGCGGUGGUGAGGCACCAGCCUCUGACUCUGACUUGGCCAAGAAGAUUGCUGAGCAGUACGGCUCGCUCGACAACUUGAAGGCCAUCACCAACGCCAAGUUGGCUGGUAUCCAAGGUUCCGGCUGGGCGUUCAUUGUCAAGAACAAGGAGAACGGUGGUGAAUUGGACGUCGUUACCACCUUCAACCAAGACACCGUCACUGGCCCAUUGGUUCCUUUGGUCGCUAUCGACGCCUGGGAGCACGCCUACUACUUGCAGUACCAAAACGUCAAGGCUGACUACUUCAAGGCCAUCUGGAACGUUAUUAACUGGAAGGAAGCCGAAAAGAGAUUCUUGGUUAACUAA